AUGGCAUCGUGCGCCGAUUUAACUCAAAUUUCAUUAUCAAUGGACUCUCGACCGAUAACUAAAGCUACAUCAGUUCCGGUAUCUACCAGUAAAAAAUUAGUUGAACCGUUCUAUCGAUUGAAAAAUCGUGCAAAUUUAUUUCGUCGAAAACAUUAUUCAUCACAUUUAGAUAUUAGUGAAAAUUGCUCGAUUCUAUCUGGUGAUCACAGUAAUCCAGUUGAUAACAAGAAAAUAACAAAUAAUAUUAAUAACUCCAAUCAUAAUAAUGUUGUUCUUAAACGAUCGAAUUCAAUGAUAUGUCCACAGCAACGUUUACAAUCAUUUUUAAGAAGUAAUAAUAAUAACAAUAAUAAUAAUAAUUCUAAUUAUCGGAAUUCAAUUUGUGUUGAAUUAACUGGUUGUUCAAUGGACGAAAGUUCAACGGAUGAUUAUUGUCCAGUCAAAUCAUCAUCAGGCCAUUAUUGGAGUAGCAGAAUGCGCUCAACCAUGAGCAAUAUUAAAGAACAGGAUGUAUAUCCAUCGCAGGAAUCAAUUGAUGAAAAUAAAAACGAAGCGGUAUCAUUAUACUCGAAUAAUAAGCAUGGAGAGAUCUCUGCCGUAGUUUCUUCGCCCAACAUAAUUAAGAGUGUUAUGAGUAGCGAACAAACGCAACCCUUGAUUUCUUCUAUUUCAACUUCAUCAUCGGUACUUGUAUCACGUAAUAAUAGUGAACUAAUUCUAUCGUCUUUUCUUGGUAAACGACAAUCAACAUGUUCAUCGCACGAUGAAUCGUUUUAUGAUUGUAAACAAGGCAUAUCAUGUUUCAAAUCGACUCAAAUUCGUGAUGUGUCCGCAUUGAAAAUGUCAACAUGUACAAUGACAGGAAAAUCUUUAAAUAAUCUUGAUCAAUGUUUAACAAUAAUGUCAGCUGAUGACAAAAAUGUGCAAACAGUAGAUAAUGAUUCGACGACCUUGAAUUUAGAUGCAGUAAGAAAUGAUUCAUCGGCAAGUUUAUCAUCAUCAUCAUCAACAUCAAUACAAACUGAUUCACUGGAAAAUAAACCGAACAUAUCGAAAAUAAGUGAAACAUCAAAAGAUUCUAUGAAUCAACGUCUUAUAGAAUCUUAUUAUAAAUGGCCACAUAUAUACAAGAGAUUACUAAGCGACGAUACCUGUAUUUAUUGGGUGAAUUAUUUAGGUUCGACAGCAAUUAAAAUAUCAGAUGAUGAUGUACCAACAAUUCCAACUCAUGCAAUUAAUCGACUGAUACAGUCAACGCAAUAUGCACGUAUUUUACCAAUAAUUGGCUUAAGUAUAUCACCGCGUGGUGUCGAAUUUUUGAAACAUUCAAAAGAUCGCGUUGCUAUCUGUUUUCAUGAUAUGAAAUCUAUACAUUGUGCAUGUCAAGGCCAAGACUUGCGUUAUUUUGCUUAUGUUGCACAUGAGCAACGUACGGCGUUUGAUCAUAAACAAAAAUUAACAUCGUCAGCAUUUGCUGUACCUAAAAAUACAGAUCAUCAUAAUUAUUGUCAUGUGUUCGUGGUAAAAAGUGAAGCAAUGUCAACGGAAAUUCUAUUAACUUUCGGCCAAGCUUUCGAUGUAGCUUAUCGGCUUCAUCAUCGUUCGAAUUCUAAACAAAUCUAUACAGAUGAAUCUCGCCAAAACACUGAUGGCAAUCGUCUUUCGUCUAAAUUCAAUAGAAUGAUGUCAUCAUCAGCACAUUCACCGGCGACAUCAUCGUCAUCGUCAUUAUCGAAUGAAGAACGAAGAAAUUUUCUUUGA